CAAAGCAUGUGCCGCCAUCUUAGCGAUGUGUUUCAAAGGCAUGUGUGCUUGCGGGGGGUAACAAGAUAUGUAUGUUUUGUAACUAGUUUUUUGCUUCGAUAUGAAAUUGCGGUAGUUAGUUGUGUGUACGUCCCUGUGCUCCUGAACAUAAGGACUAUUUGGAAUGGCAGGCAAGGCCCCUUCCCGCCUCAAAUCAGAAAAGGCGCACUUGUCCAAGCCGUAUGAAAAGCCAAAGUCCAUCUUGAAAAAGGUAGCCACCACAGUGAAAGAGCUCCUCUUGCCAUCCUGGCUCACCUCCAGCGCGUGGAAUAUCAGUCCGGAACACGAGGAGUCCGAACAGGACAACGGACGUUAUGUACCCGAUGCGGAGGGCUUUGCACCCCACGAGGAGAAUGCCCUGGAAGAGGCAAGUGCCGUGGCCCCGGAAGUACCCACGUUUUCCAGGAGGGACCACGAGGCUCAGUUCGAGCCAAGUCGUGACGGUUUCGACUGCAGUUUUGUGCCGAGGGAAGUGUCCGUGAGGAUACCCAGUGCAUCUACGCCGGUACAUCCGAGUGCGAGGGGGACGGAUGGCCCUGCGCUCAUGAAUGGUGACAACCAUUCCGAAAAUAGUGAAGGAUCAGGGUCGACUAGCGGUUGUUCUUCACUGGUCCCCUCACUUCGGCAGAGAGACACGGCGUCCACUUCAGCCACGUGCACCAUGUCUGGUCUUACAUUGAGCGAGGCAGCCCUGGAGAGGUUGCGGCAAGACCUGUCGUCGAGAAGGGAUUUCGGUGUCACCGCAGAUCUGCCGCGUCAUUCGUCGAGCGCGCGUGACACGGGGCAGGACAAGCUGUGGUCGGAAGGUGCCGACGCCGAAACUCCCGUCAGGCAGCCUCAGAUGACGGCCUCUGGAAGUCGUGGACCCUCUUUCACCCUGUCAGCGUUCUCCACACCAGCCACCAAUGCCGCGAAAAGAAAAGCGGAGAGCCCGUACAGGUCCCUGUUCUACGAGGGGCGGACAACGUACGGAGGCGCGUCCGCGUACAGGCGGUUCAACCUCGUCAACACGAGCGGUCCCUACGGGUCCCAGUUGCAGCCGGAGGAGUCUUCACUGUCCACGGUGCAGGCGCAAAAGCGGCCGAGAAAGGACGACGACUUCUUGUGCAUGAGCAGCACCACACAACGGAUAUUACAGUCACUGGAGAAGGCAUCGACGCCAUUGUCGGAAGCAAAGAAAGUGCCACUCAACCGUGGGUCACGGGAUCCUAUCCUUAGCUAUGUCUCUCUCAGCCAAAGAAGACGACUGGCCCAACGUGAGAUGUCUGCGACACCACCCGUGCGGGGUCCUCCAAACACGAGCCUUUCCAGGCCAAUUCCUAUCAGAAUACAGAAGAAUUUGGACUCCGUCCUGGCAGAGAGGUCUUCUGCCGCUUCUGAGGCGACAACGUCAGCAUCUCCAACGGUGUCCUCGGCCGUUGAGGUGGCGAAAGAAGUUGUGCCUGUGUCGUAUUCCACAGAUAGUUCAGCACAGGAAGAAACUGGCCGCGGAGGAGGCAAGAUGCGUGCCCAGGUGGUUCAGCAUCAGCGUCCUUCUGCCAGACAUGGGAGAUCAGAGUGUGGUGGCGAGGUCGUGCAAGUGCCAGACCUGCCGAGGGUGGCAUUACCCAUCACGACGUUACCAUCCUUCAACUUCCGGCCUCCUCCACCAUCGUCAGUCUCCUCCUCCUCUUCCUCCUCCACCACACCAGCAAGAAUUGCCCCCUCUAGUGCACCCUCGCCUGCACCACCUUCCAAGAAGCGAGAGAGUGAAGACUCAGAGUUCCAAUUCUCUUCCCCAGUCUACCAGGAGGGGAAGGGUGCCCCCGCCAACACAAACGAUACGUCGGUGGAGUUCAACUUCAGCAAACCUGUGGUCAUGGGCGAGGGCAAAACGUUUGGCGACAGCCCGACAGCAAACAGCUUCGUGCCGCCCACCCCCACGACUGCGAAGCGGAAGGCGCCCUCGACGACGGAAUCCCCCAAGGGCGACGACGCAGGCGGUUUCAGGCCGGCUUCUCAGCUGAUUUUGGGCGGCAGCGUGAUGGACAUCCUCGGCAAGUCGUCGUCUGCCAAGAAAUCCGAGGGUAGCGAGGCCGUGAAAGCGGCAACUACGGCUCCGGCGUCAGGUCCGUCGGAGAAACUCAAAGCAUUGGAGAGCCGCUCCGUUAGUAUGACACCUGCGUCCGCUCCCUCUACGAAGCUCGAGUCCGUAGCAGCGACCGCCUCGAGCACUCCGGCAACGAUAACUACCUCGGGCUUCGGCAGUAGGUUCAAGCCAGCCGCCUCCAGUUGGGAAUGCGACACGUGUCUCGUGCGGAAUAAAGCAGACGCCACAAAAUGCGUGGCCUGCGAGACUCCCAAGCCGGGCGCCGGACCGGCUGCAAAGCCGUUCGCGACGGCUACGCCCGCGACUGGCUUUGGUGACAAGUUCAAGCCGCCCACCAACAGCUGGGAGUGCAGCGUAUGCAUGGUGCGGAAUAAAGCAGACGACGCGAAAUGUGUCGCCUGCGAAAGUCCCAAGCCUGGUGCUGCUCCAGCUCCUGCUGCACUGGCUCAGGGCAAAGACAAACCUGCCUUCAAGUUUGGCAUCCCAUCCGAUUCAACAACUUCACCGACGACAACAGGAUUCAAGUUCGGCGUUCCACCUUCUACAACGGUGCCCGCGUCGCCGAGCACGGGAUUCAAGCUGGCCUUUGCGGCUGCCCCCGAAAAGAGCGCUCCGGCCGCAUUCAAGUUCGGUGUCCCGUCGGCUUCUAACGCAAGCGCCGCUCCUGCCGACACGGCCACGGGGUUCAAGUUUGGUGUGCCCGACACCUCUAGGCCUUCUUCAAUAGCGAGCGCUGCAUCACCCAAGACUUCUGACACGACUGACUCUGCGGUGGCCAAGAUCGACACAAGGUUGUGCACCAGCGACUCCGCUCUGGCUAAAGGAGGCUUGGCCAGUUUCGGGACGACCCCUGCCGCCCCGGCUUUCAAGUUCGUCGCACCCGACAGCUCCAGGAAGGAACAGAAAGACGGCACCGAAGAGAGUCCCGUGAAGAAAGCAGCGGGGGCGUUCUCGUUCGGUGCUGCUGCUGCUGCUGCAGCGGCGAAGUCGAGCCCGUUUAGCUUCAACCCCCAAAAGGCCGAACACCCAGUGGCCGGCGGAUUUGCACUUGGCAUUCCGGCAAAGACCGAUGCAGCUGGUGUGGAAGCCACAGUGAGUGCGGCCACUCCAGGCAAGAGCUCCGUGAGUGGUGGUUUCACUUUCGGCACCCAGACGGAAAAGGCUGCGACGGUGGCAACCCCGAGCGUGGCGCAAAAGUCCGAGGGCGCGUCGGAAAAGGGCCUCUUCUCGUUCGGUGCACCGUCGUCGAAGCCGUCCGAGGGUGGUGUUACAGCGGGCUUCACGUUCGGCAGCGCUGCCAAGAAGGCGGACGACAAAAGGGAAAACGCUUUCAGUUUCGGAAAGACAGAGCCAACGGCAGAGAAGUCCGGGUUCUCGUUUGGAACCCCAGCAGCAGCAAAGAACGAAGGCAGUACGGCCGAAAAGGGAGGUUUCAGUUUCAACACGACUCCGCUGUCGAGCACUGCGGCACCUGCGGCCGAGGCUGCAAAAGGAGGGUUUUCGUUCAAUGCGGGUGCGAAAAAGGAUGAUGCUUCGAAAGGUGGAUUUGUGUUUGGGAGCACAGUGGCGCCAUCCACAAAGCAGACUUUUGCGUUUGGUGCGCAGCAGGCUUCGGAACCUGCUGCAGCAGCUGCCGCUGUGGCCACUGGGGGACCUAAGUUCGUGUUUGGACAGAAAACUGAUGUGUCCCCAGGUACCUUCACGUUUGGAGCUGCAUCUGCACCGGCGGCAGCAACAACGGCGUCAGGUUCAGCGCCGACUUUCAGCUUCAAAGCAGCGGUUCCUGCGGCGGCGGCUGCACCCAGUCAACCCGCAGCGUUUGGCUCCAAGACCGACGCUCCUUCCACGGCGCCUUUUGCAUUUGGCGGCACACCGACAAUGGCCCCUUCUCCGGCUGCACCCGCAGUGUUCUCAUUUGGGGCACCCAAGAGCGAUCCGGCACCUGCAGCGCCACAGCCGGCAGCACCAGUGUUCUCGUUUGGUGCUUCGACUCCUUCCCAAGCACCCGCUGCUGCCGCAGCUGCACCACCAUCUGCCCAGCCGGUCUUCUCCUUCGGUGCCUCGCAAGCAGCCUCCGCGGCGACAACCCCUCAGCUUUUCAAGUUUGGAGCGAGCUCGUCUACCCCCGCUCCCACCCCAUUUGGCAGUGCGACCCCAACGGCACAAGCUGGGGCCAUAGCACCACCUGCUGCCAACACUGGUUUCAACUUCCCAGCGGCAGCGUCCCCGUUUGGGGCUAGUCAGUCCCAGGCAGCUGCCACUGCGUCACCCUUUGGGGCCUCCCAGCCGCAGGCUGCUGCGGCCACGCAGUUUGGCGCUGCCCAGGCGGCACAGGGCCAGGCCGCUCCUGGUUUAUUUGGCGCCAGUGCGGGACAGGCAGCGGGCGCGUCGACUGCGGGGUUUUCGUUCAGGCCACCUGCCCCUGCAGCAGCCCCUGCGUUCCAGUUUGGCAGUGCAGCGCCAAGCAAUCAAGAAGUGUUCCGCUUUGGAGCUCAAGCGCAGAGCCAGGAAGCUCAGCCCCAACAGCCGGGCACCUUCAACUUCAACCCGCCCGUGGCCGGGGCAGCCCCCGUGUUUGGCCAGCAGAUGGCGCCCGCCUUCAACUUCAAUGCCGCCGCCGCCGUGCCGCCUGCCGCCGCUCCUGCCGGCUUUCAGUUUCCAGCCAAUGCAGACAACCCCUUCAGCGCCACCGGCUCCGGAGCGAUGGCAGGAAGGAAGAUCCGCAAGGCCGUGCGGCGCAAGCCGACGACGCAGCGAUGAUGAGCGCGUGGCUAGUCCGGUCGAUGGAUGGGAAAGGGGGCACUACGUGUCGAAAUUUUUGGGAAUGCAGGAGACAAUUUACGACCUGCGCAAUUCGCCGUGCCGCGUGUACUGUCUGGAGAAAGACGAAAUGGGUGGACACCGUGAGAAACUGCACUUUCAUUCUGUACAGUCAGUCGUUGACGUUCUGCUAACAUUUGCUGCUGCUGGUGAAAAUUACCUCGCAGCACUGCCCUUGUUUGUUGCCUUUAUUUUUUCUUGUUCGGGUAAGGGUUUUGACUUAACGGUCGUGACGAAGACUCAGCGUUUGCGGGUGCUACGGAAAUUCUGCUUCAACUCUCUAGCGGGGCUCGUGUCAUAAAAAAUCUCGAUCGACGCAAUCUUGGUACUUCAUACAGCUGAUCCUCAAUGUAACCAGCACAAGGCGCAAUGCUCUCCGCUGUGUGGAACUGCUGCUGUUGUAGUGUCCUUUAGUGUCCAUAGGGGGCUUUCAGUGGCCAGGGAGCCCUGCUGUGUUCACUAGUUUUUCUUUUUUUUUUUUUCCAAAGAGAUUUUGCUUCGACAAAAUGGAACAGGGGUGGUCCUGUGUUAUGCCCCAGAAUAGUAUGGAGAUGGUUGUGCACACACCAACCGUGGCGUCAUUAUCAUGUUUAGUAAUUUACAUCCCAUUUACGUGCGUGUGCUGCAGUGGCAUUGCUCUUUUUGUUGCGGAGUUGCGGCAUUGCCCUGUUGCCCUUCAAACGUAUUGCGCAGAGAGGGCGCUGUCCACGGUUUUCAGCAGAGAUGAACGAGAAAAAUUGCAUUGAGGCUCAGCUGUGCUUAUAACUGUUGUAAACAGAGCAAACACGUGGGGUUUGCCAAGCGGAGAAUCAAAGCAGACGGCACUUGCUAAAAAAAAAAAAGGCCACGUGGAGUGACGCGAUACUUUGGCGUGGAGUUAUGCAGGUCGUUUAUGCUUCGCGAGUUUUUUUUCUCUCUGCAUGUAUGCUAAUUUUAAGGCAAAAAAAAAGAGAGAAAAAUAAUUUGGUAAGAAGAUAACUUCUCUCGGAACGGCGAGCGGGACUGGCUCUGCCUAAGUUGUACACUGGCUGGGUCGGGGAAAAUUAAACAGUGCGCUUAGCUAAACGUAAAACAAAACACACACACUUGUAAACACUUUAGGAAAUGACCUCGAGACUUAAAAGGAAAUGUGUACAUUAUGUAAAAAGUUGUACAAUGAUGUCCCUUUUUUUAGAUACUUUGAUAAUAAAAAAAAAAAAAGCGCGUACCGAGGCAUCCAGCCACUGUACAAACUUGCAGCACUUUCUUCUUCUUCUUUAUGUACAGGGAAGACUCCGUUACACAAUGUACAGUUGUAGCGUCGGUGUUUUAGGACCUUCCAUCAUCUUUUUUUUUUUUUUUUUUUCCUUCCCCAUCUUGUUUUUUAUCGUCGUGUAUGUGUCUGGAAAGUCGAAGCCGGUCAAAAUAAACGGUAGUUGGUAACAGAAUGCCAUUAAGCAGCA